AUGGAGACUCCAAGGUUUAGAAACGACAUUGGUCUAUUUUUCCUAUUAACUCUAGCUGCAUUAAUCAGAAACUGCUUCUACCUUACUGAGAUGCAUGCGCUUUACUACACUGUUCACUGUGGUCACAUAACCAACCUCAUUAGGGUCCUGGGAAAUCAUUCCAUGUUUCUUGAAAGAUCUUUAGCUAGAAAUCUAGUCUUUGAGACAUUCAGAGGAUUAUUUAGGCCUAUAGCCUAUGGCUUGCUGUAUGAAGGCAGAGUUGAUUGGAAAUUCGUUUCAGAGAUGGCAGUCACUACUGUCCUUUUCAUUUGCCUAGUGACAUUGUUUGUACCUAAAUCGACCUUUAAGAAGCAUAAUGUAGCUUGGGCUUAUACUAAUAUGGAAUUUUUCUUGAUGUUUGCAGAUGGUUUUAUUUAUGCUAUGAACAAAAUUGAGAUGGAUGCUAGAAGACCUAGUUUUUAGAGACUUGAAUGUGCUUGGUGGCAUUUUCCACAAUUGGAACUUCUACGUUUAUUAACUUGUGCUAUAUCCCGCUAUGUUUGCAGCCCAAUAUCUUGA